GCAUAGCUCACAUACAUGGGCCUGGCAGGAGAGAGACGGGUGUGAGGAGAGGAGACGGAGUGCAACUUUGACAAGUCCCAAAAUAAAACUUUUAGAGGGAGUUGAAACUUGCUGCGAACGGGACGACAGUCAAGGCGGCUGCAGCAGAGGAUGGAGGUAAACAGAGUUUUGGGGUGUUUUUAAAUAUGUUUUUGUUUGUGUUGAAGAGCUAAGUUGUUGAUUCACCAUGUCAUAUAGAAUUAUAUCUGUGAUUCUGUGCUGUCCAGUACAAUGUAGUCUAUAGCGGACUAAACUCGUAAAUUGUUGAGUUGAGUUUAGUCGGCUAUGUAGUCUAAUAACCUGCAUAAGACAUGACACUCUCUGUUUGAUCUGUAUGGACCAAACUGUGGCCUAGAUAGCAUGCAGAUUAGAUGAUUCACGUGUUUUGAGUUACAGAGGGGCAUAACAACCAGGCCUGGGCUUAGUUCUAACCCAUAAAUUACACUGAAUUAAACUACUUUUAGUCAUGCAUAUUGUCACUUGUCAUGACAUCUAACUCUCAUUCUCUUUCUCUCAUGUUCAUCGUGCCAUCACUAUUUGAGAGACUGUCAAGCAUAUAGCCUAAUGACUGGAUUUGUAUGCAUUAAGCCCGGGGUGUCAACUGUCAAACUCAAUUCCUGUUUUUUGUUAUUACCUUUCAAUUUGUGUACAAUUAAGACAGACUUUUAAAAAGUAUUUUUUUAUUAGGAUCCCCAUUAGCCGACGCCAAUGGCGACAGCUACUUUUACUGGGGUCCGAGACAUAAUGAAGAAGACAUUACAGACAAAAUACUUUACAAUUUACAUACAUUUAAAAACAUUAACAUGUAGUGUGCGUGUGCAUCCAUCAGUUACACAUCAGUACGUUGUGCCGUGAGGUGUUGCUUUAUUUGUUUUUGGAAACCAGGUUUGCUGUUCACUUGUGCUAUAUGAAAUAGAAGGGAGUUCCAUGCAAUGAUGGCUCUGUAUAAUACUGUAUGUUUCCUUGAAUAUGUUCUGGACCUGGGGACAAGAACAAAUAGACAACCAGGUGAGGGGAGUUUCUAACUAAUCAAUAUUCUUAAUUGAUCAAUCAAGGACAAAGGAGGAGCAAAAACCCACAGACACUCGGCCCUCCAGGAAUUAAGUUUGACACCUCUGCAUUAAGGCGAUGAUGAAAGAAUGUUACUUGUGUGUCAGUCGUAAAGGGAGUAGUAGUUUUUGGAAUAGAGUUGUAGCAUUUGGGAGCAGACAUAUUGGUUUGUGUUAGAUGCAUGAUGCAUGUGGUGGUGGAAUGAUGGCGAUGGUAGCCUAUCACAAGAACACUUCCUGGUUUGCUGACCUUAUACUGUAGCUGAUUCUCCUCAUCAAUGCUGUUCAGUACGUUACUCAAACAGGAAAUAUGACAGGAACACACACCACACACACCCACACACAUGCACACACACAGAGGAAGUGGUGUAACCGUUACCUUUGCAACAAGUUUCUACAGAUGGAGUUGCUCAAUUCUACACGCUGUAGCCAUAUACAUGAGUGGGUUGUGAAACGUGAUAUUGAUUGGCCGACUAGUUGUCCAGAGAAGAGGAGAUUUUAGACCAAGGAUGUGCAUCCCAAAUGACACCCUAUUCCCUAUUGUCAAAAGUAGUGCACUAAAUUGGUAUAUGGUGCCAUUUGACAACAGGUCCAUGCUAAAGACAUGUUUUACACUCAUUCUCUAGGUCUCCUGCCUUUAAGGAUGAGAAUGCAUUUGUUUGUGUGUGUGUGUGUGUGUGUGUGCGCCUACGUGCGCCUGGCCUCCGGGCUAUGUGAUUUCAUUAUCUGCUGAAUGCCAGCAAUGUGAGUCCUUCAAUUUAGAGGAGUGUGUAUCAACCCCACUUCAACAGCUGUGUGUGUGUGUGUGUGUUUGUGCCUGAAGUGAGGGCAGAUAAUGAAGGACAAGGAGAUACAAGACAGAGAGGGGGAGAACGAGAGCACGAGAGGGAGAGAGAGAGAAAGGAAAGAGGGACAGAGGAAGAGGAAGAGAAAGAGAGGAAGGGGAGUAAAGGACAGUAAAGAUCUGGAUAUGGUCUUACUGAAAGUGUGUGUGUGUGUGUUCGGGGUGUGUUUGGGAAGGUCCUCUGAGCUAAAUGUUUAGUCUCUGCCAACACACACACACACGCUGGACUCCACCUCAUAUCCACCACACAUAAACAGCGCCAGAUGAUGAUGUCAUGAGAGAGAGAGUGAGAGCGAGAGAGAGAGCGAGAAGGAUUUGUGUGUAAUUUGUGUAAUCUGACUGUUCCAUUCUGACACACCUCUCUUGCUCUCUUUCUCUCACUCUCUCUCUCUCUCUCUCUCUCUCUCUCUCUCUCUCUCUCUCUCUCUCUCUCUCUCUCUCUCUUCCCCCUCUCUCUCCCACCAUCCCUCUGUCUCUCUCUUGCUUUCUCUCACUCUUCUCUCUCCUCUUUCUGUUUCUCUUUCUUAAACACACAUGCUGCCUCUCCCAUGAAGCACCACUAAUAGAGUCAUGCUCAUGAGUUCUGAUGCUGGUGGUCUCAAUCACACACUGACAAAGAACAUCUUUGUGAUGCUUAAACAUACACACACACACACACACACACACACACAUCACAGGAUACAGGCAUCCUUCCUAACUCAGAUGCCGGAGAGGAAGGAAACCACUUAGGGAUUUCACCAUGAGGCCAAUGGUGACUUUAAAACAGUUACAGCGUUUAAUGGCAGUGAUAGGAGAAAACGGAGGAUGGAUAAACAAUGUAGUUACUCCACAAUACUAACCUAACUGACAGAGUGAAAAGAAGAGAAGGAAGCUUGUACAGAAUACAAAUAUUCCAAAACAUGCAUCCUGCAAAAAAUACAUCAAAAAAAUGUGUCAAGCAAUUAACUAAUUAAUUAACUGUUAUGUUUGGGGCAAAUCCAAUACAACAUUACUGAGUACCACUCUCCAUAUUUUCAAGCAUAGUGGUGGCUGCAUCAUGUUAUGGGAAUGCUUGAAAUCAUUAAGGACUGGGGAGUUUUUCAGGAUAAAAAAUAAACUGAAUGGAGCUAAGCACAGGCAAAAUCCUAGAGGAAAACCUGGUUCAGUCUGCUUUCCACCAGACACUGGGAGCUGAAUUCACCUUUCAGCCGGACAAUAACCUAAAACACAACGCCAAAUCGACACUGGAGUUGCUUACCAAGAAGACAUGAAUGUUUCUGAGUGGCAGAGUUACAGUUUUGAAUGAAAUCUACUUGAAAAUACAGUGGGGAGAACAAGUAUUUGAUACACUGCCGAUUUUGCAGGUUUUUCUACUUACAAAGCAUGUAGAGGUCUGUAAUUUUUAUCAUAGGUACACUUCAACUGUGAGAGAUGGAAUCUAAAACAAAAAUCCAGAAAAUCACAUCGUAUGAUUUUUAAGUAAUUAAUUUGCAUUUUAUUGCAUGACAUAAAUAUUUGAUACAUCAGAAAAGCAGAACUUAAUAUUUGGUACAGAAACCUUUGUUUGCAAUUACAGAGAUCAUACGUUUCCUGUAGGUCUUGACCAGGUUUACACACAUUGCAGCAGGGAUUUUGGCCCACUCCUCCAUUCAGACCUUCUCCAGAUCCUUCAGGUUUCGGGGCUGUCGCUGGGCAAUACGGACUUUCAGCUCCCUCCAAAGAUUUUCUAUUGGGUUCAGGUCUGGAGACUGGCUAGGCCACUCCAGGACCUUGAGAUGCUUCUUACGGAGCCACUCCUUAGUUGCCCUGGCUAUGUGUUUCGGGUCGUUGUCAUGCUGGAAGACCCAGCCACGACCCAUCUUCAAUGCUCUUACUGAGGGAAGGAGGUUGUUGGCCAAGAUCUCGCGAUACAUGGCCCCAUCCAUCCUCCCCUCAAUACGGUGCAGUCGUCCUGUCCCCUUUGCAGAAAAGCAUCCCCAAAGAAUGAUGUUUCCACCUCCAUGCUUCACGGUUGGGAUGGUGUUCUUGGGGUUGUACUCAUCCUUUUUCUUCCUCCAAACACGACGAGUGGAGUUUAGACCAAAAAGCUCUAUUUUUGUCUCAUCAGACCACAUGACCUUCUCCCAUUCCUCCUCUGGAUCAUCCAGAUGGUCAUUGGCAAACUUCAGACGGGCCUGGACAUGCGCUGGCUUGAGCAGGGGGACCUUGCGUGUGCUGCAGGAUUUUAAUCCAUGACGGCGUAGUGUGUUACUAAUGGUUUUCUUUGAGACUGUGGUCCCAGCUCUCUUCAGGUCAUUGACGAGGUCCUGCCGUGUGGGGCGGCAGGUAGCUUAGUGGUUAAGAGUGUUGUGCCAGUAACCGAAAGGUCGCUGGUUCUAAUCCCCGAGCCGACUAGGUGAAAAAUCUGUCGAUGUGCCCUUGAGCAAGGCACUUAACCCUAAUUGCUCAUGUAAGUCGCUCUGGAUAAGAGCGUCUGCUAAAUGACUAAAAAUGUAAAUGUAAAAUGUAGUUCUGGGCUGAUCCCUCACUUUCCUCAUGAUUAUUGAUGCCCCACGAGGUGAGAUCUUGCAUGGAGCCCCAGACCGAGGGUGAUUGACCGUCAUCUUGAACUUCUUCCAUUUUCUAAUAAUUGCGCCAACAGUUGUUGCCUUCUCACCAAGCUGCUUGCCUAUUGUCCUGUAGCCCAUCCCAGCCUUGUGCAGGUCUACAAUUUUAUCCCUGAUGUCCUUACACAGCUCUCUGGUCUUGGCCAUUGUGGAGAGGUUGGAGUCUGUUUGAUUGAGUGUGUGGACAGGUGUCUUUUAUACAGGUAACGAGUUCAAACAGGUGCAGUUAAUAAAGGUAAUGAGUGGAGAACAGGAGGGCUUCUUAAAGAAAAACUAACAGGUGUGUGAGAGCCGGAAUUCUUACUGGUUGGUAGGUGAUCAAAUACUUAUGUCAUGCAAUAAAAUGCAAAUUAAUAACUUAAAAAUCAUACAAUGUGAUUUUCUGGAUUUAGUUUUAGAUUCUGUCUCUCACAGUUAAAGUGUACCUAUGAUAAAAAUUACAGACCUCUACAUGCUUUGUAAGUAGGAAAACCUGCAAAAUCGGCAGUGUAUCAAAUACUUGUUCUCCCCACUGUAUAUGGCAAGAUCUGAAAAUGGUUGUCUAGCAAUGAUCAUCAACCAAUUUGACAGAUCUUGAAGAAUUUUGAAAAGAAUAAUCGGCAAAUGUUGCACAAUCCAGGUGUGGAAAGCUCUUAAGAGAUUUACCCAGAAAGACUCACAGCUGUAAUCGAUGCCUAAGCUGCUUCUACAAAGUAUUGACUCAGGGGUGUGAGUUCUUAUAUUACCAGUCAAAAGUUUGGACACACCUACACAUUCCAGGGUUUUUCUUUAUUUUUACUAUUUUCUACAUUGUAGAAUAAUAGUGAAGACAUCAAAACUAUGAAAUAACACAUUCCAGGGUUUUUCUUUAUUUUUACAAUUUUCUACAUUGUAGAAUAAUAGUGAAGACAUCAAAACUAUGAAAUAACACAUAUGGAAUCAUGUAGUAACCAAGAAAGUGUGAAACAAAUCAAAAUAUAUUUUAUAUUUGAGAUUCUUCAAAGUAGCCACCCUUUGCGUUGAUGACAGCUUUGCACGCUAUUGGCAUUAGCUGAAUGAGUAGGUAUAUCCAAACUUUUGACUGGUACUGUAUGUCAAUUUGAUAUUUCUGUAUUUAAUUUUCAAUACAUUUGCUAAAAUUUCUAAAAACAUGUUUUCACAUUAUGGGGUAAUGUGUGUAGAUGGGUGAGAGAAAAAAAAUAAUUAAUACAUUUUUAAUUCAGGCUAACAACAAAAUGUGGAAUAAGUCAAGGGGUAUGAAUACUUUCUGAAGGCACUGUAUGUGUGAGGAUGAUGUAUACAGGCAUAUCGAUAGGGAUCCAGUCAUAUAGAUAGGGAUCAGAUGAGUUAUGUCUGGAUGUUUCCGGAAGGGUGCAACCAAUAACGUCUACCCAGAACCCACACACAUAGCAACAUGACUGUAAAGAGAGCAGAGCGGAGAGGGAAAGAGAGAAAGAGAGUGUGGAGAUUAUAAAGAGUGUAUGCUUGAGAGAAAAAGAGAGAUAGAGGGAGGGAGAGAGAGAGGUCCAGCAUGGUAAAGUGAUUAAGAUGUUGUGUUUUUGUUGUGCCGUUGCAGUGUUUCUCCUCUCCCUGUGGUUGGAGUGCUGCCCAGCCUAGUUAACACACGCACACAAACACACACUAAGUUAACAACAAUUCUAGCGGGAAGGGGCGGGGCUGGGAAGGGAGUGCGUGAGGCUGGCGUGUUUAUUUAACGUUGUAAAAGCAUUGUAAAAACAACAGUUCAGAGGUGUUGAGGCUGUCUGCCAUGGUGUGACAUCAUCUCCCAUCAUGCACUGUGGAACAGGUGUGUGUCUAGUAAUGAUGUCAGAAGAAGGCCAGGCAGCACUCACUGGAUGCAGUGUGUAGUUUGGUUGAUUAAGUACAUAUUUUUUUAAAGACAAUUUUCACACAAAUUGUACAUAAAUGUCUGAAGUUUCACCUUCAGAGAGUGUGUUUGGUUAGACCAGCUAUAGUGUUUUCCUAAGCUCCAGUGGCAACACUAGGUUUGGGGGUUUGAUUCCUUGCAUGGGUCCCAAAUACUGAGUGUAUGUGUUAACUGGCCACAUUAAACAGGAAGAAAGGUCUGUACUGUAGAAGCAGGCCUGAAUGAGGCAUUAGAACUGUCAACAGCUCUGGUCUCUCUCUCUCUCUCUCUCUCUCUCUCUCUCUCUCUCUCUCUCUCUCUCUCUCUCUCUCUCUCUCUCUCUCUCUCUCUCUCUCUCUCUCUCUUUCUCUCUCUUUCUCUCUGUCUCUCUCUCUCUCUGCCCUGAACAAUGCACUGUCUCAGUCUGUUACUGAUAUCCCUCCUUUUUCUCCCUCUCCAACUCAUUAUCUCUCUCCCUCUCCCUAGUAGAUCUCUCAGGCCAGUGCUCUCUCUCUCUCACCAGCCUGUCAUUUACCUUAUUCACUGCCACUUUAUGUAAUGUCCUCCAGUCUCAAGUCCCCGGGUCCCCAGCCACCAACCAACCAACCCACCCACCCCCACCACUUCUCUCUCACACACACACACACACACACACACACACACACACACACACACACACACACACACACACACACACACACACACACACACACACACACACACAGACACACGGGUUGCUCUCUCUCUCUCUCUCUCUCUCUCUCUCUCUCUCUCUCUCUCUCUCUCUCAAUUCAAUUCAAUUCAAUUCAAUUUGCUUUAUUGGCAUGACGUAACAAUGUACAUAUUGCCAAAGCUUACUUUGGAGAUUUACAAUAUUAACAUAAUAAAAAUAAUUAUAAUAAAUAUUUUCAAUAUUGUCUCUCUCUCUUUCUCUCUUUCUCUUUCCAUCUCUCUGUCUUCCCUAUUUCUCUCUUCACUCUCUCUCUCUGUUCCUCUCUCUCUCUCGAUUCAGUACCAAGAUGUUUUGAGUUGUUUAAGUUGAGCAAAGAAAUAUAGAUUGUCAGUGAGUGGGCAGUGGGGAUGUCUAGAGAGUGAAGUGCUUGUUGACCAGAGCAGGGGAAAGCAGCUGAGAGUGGGGGAAAGAGAGAGGGUUAUGACCUCAGCUCUGGAUGGAGGAUGGGGGCAUGGGCUCUGUCCCAAAUGGCACCCUAUUCCCUUUAUAGUGCACAAAUCUUGACCAGGGCCCUUUUGGGAUGCAGUCAUGAUCUGACUAGGUCUUGCCCUAGGGAGAGAGAGAGAAGGGUGAGGUCAUACUUAGACUGUAGAAAGAGCCACAGUAUAUGGCAGAACUACUUACCAAAACAGACAUUAUGGUUCUCAUCUAUUUCUAUGUUAGACUUACAGGAGUAUUGAGGAAAGCUCCAAACUUGCUAGGAACUCUGGGUAGCCCAGACAGACAGAGAGAGAGGGAGGGGAGGGGAGAGGGGGAAAGAGAGAGCGAGAGAGAGAGCGAGAGAGAAAAAAUGUUUAUGCACUCACUAACUGUUAAGUCGCUCUGGUAAGAGAGCUUCUGGUGUUAAAAAAUGGGUGGAAGUGGGGGAUGGAGGACGAGAGAGAGAGAUAGAGAGAGAGUAGGGAAGAAGAGAGAUGGAGAGAGAGAGAGAGAGAUCGAGAGAGGAGAGAUCCAUAUAGCUGAGAGGAGGAGAGAGAGGAGAGAGAUAGAGAUGACGAACGAGAGAGAGAGGACGAGGAGAGAGAGAGGAAGAGAGAGAGAGAGAGAGAGGAUUUGUGAGUAACCUGUGUAACCUGACUGUUCCAGAGCUAGAAGGAAAAGGGAGUGGGCCUGUGAAUCUCACCAUGGCCCAUCCAGUCAAAUAUAAGUGUGGUGAGGUCACAGGAUACAGAGAGACAGAGAGAGAGAAGAAGAGAGGGAGAGAGAGAGAGCAUCCAUAGACAGACAUAAUGGCAGACAGGCCGACAGACACAUCCAACUGUUCGUUCUAUUUCUAUACCCCUCUCUCGGUUUUCUUUUAAUCAUGCUCCUCGCUGUAUUCCCCCCUAUAUCCUACCUAGCCAAGCUGAGAGUGUGAGGUAAUUUCCUGUUGUGGAAAAUUGGAAAAGUACGAAAAUGUAUGCACUCACUCACUGUUAAGUCACUCUGGAUAAGAGCGUCUGCUAAAUGACUAAAAUGUCAAUGUAAAUGUCCUGUGGUGUCAGUAUGGUUGUGUAUAGGGGAAGGGGUGUCCCAAAUGCCACCCUAUUCCUUACAUUAUGUGCUACUUUUGACCAGGGCUCUGUAGGGGAAUAGGGUACCAUUUGGGACGCAAUCCCUGUCCAAUUUCCCCCCCAGCUUCUCCCAUAUCAAUGACCUCACCUCAUCUGUGUGUGUGUCAGCAGCCAUUUACUUUGUGUGUGUGUGCCAAAGUCAUAUUGUACUUUUUGUGUUUCAUGAGGACGCCCCGCCUAAGAAGUCAGUUGCGGAGCUGGCUGGAAAGUUCAAAGGUCAUGCCCCUCCCAUCCCCACUGGAACUGACGGGGUGAGGUCAUUAUAACUUCCUUUUCCUCUCUUUCUCUAUCUUUCUCUAUCUCUCUUUCGCUCUCUUUUCUCUUCUCAUCUUCUUUCUCUCUCACUCUAUCAGAUAGUUAGAUAGAUAGAUAGAUAGUACUGAAGCAGCUAAACGUAUUAAUACACAGAGACGUGAAACAGGAAGUUACACACAGGAAGUGAGGCGCAGGAAGUGGUUCUAUGAAUAUCUGUGCCUCUGUGUGAAUGCCGUGUCAGCCCUGCUUGAAAACACACUCACAACCACAUUCAUUGAUGUAAAGAUGGGCACUAUAUUGUGUUAUUAUAAUACUUUUAGCUCCUCAUUGAUGUUUUUUUACUUGUUUAUUUCUGUAUGACCAAAUAGAUCUUAAACACACACUCGGUCGUAAACACUCUUUCAUGAAAUGUACUUCAACAUGUCAUUUAUGUGUCAUGUUGUGUGUCCUGUCAACAUCAUUUGUUCUGACGUGCUGCACAGUUCUUGUGCUUUGGUGUGUUCGUUGAUGUCAGCAUGCCAGUGUGUGUAUGUGGAGUAUGUUUGUUUGUCAGUGUUCAUGUAUGGAUUGUGGUUGCUGUGUUGUCAUUGUCAGUCAGUCAACUGCAUUUGUGUUUUGUGCCUCUGAGUCAUGUCAGUGACAGUACACUGUGAUCGUUUUUGUUUAUCACUAAAAUGUACAUUUAUGUUGAUGGUCAGUGGCAUGUGUCAGUGUUGUAGUAUCUUCUAAGAUCCUGACAUGGUUGAGUUAUGUGUUUAUUUGGUCAGAUUUGUAUGUCUGCAUGUCUGUAGCGCCCUGUGUUCUAGUUGUGUUGUUCUGUUGUUUCCUGUUAUGUUGACGUUUCAGUGUUGUGUGUGUGUUGUGUUGCUGGUAGGCCCAUUGUGUCCUUGGCAGAGUGUUGGUUUAGUAGCCUCUGGUCUUGUGUCUCUUAAUCUGUGUGUGUGUGUGAUUACUAUGCUAUGCUAGUGCCAUGCUAGUGCUAUGCUAUGUGUAAUAGUAUUAUGUCUGUUGGUAUAGUAUUGUUUGAGUAGCCCCCUGGUGUUGGUUUCUCUUCCAGAGUACGCCUGUUAGGAGACGCCCCCCUCGAACCCUACAGCUCCCCAAGACCACAGCACAGGGACAGGGACAGGUGGAGGAGGAGGUGAGAGGAGUGUGUGGGUGUGAGUGUUUUACGGGGAAUGUUUGACCAUUGUGUGUUGUACAGUUAUAUUAUGCCAUGUCCCUUUUAUGUGUGUGCGUACCUGUGCGUGAAUUUGAGGGGAAGUGAUGUGUGUUCUGCAUUUUGUGUUGUACAGUUCUAUUUUGUGUACAUCAUCUGUAUCUUAGUAUCAUUGAAUUAAGGGUUGAAAUAGAGUUGACCCUAAACCUGGUAUUUAAUACAGACUAAGAUAAAGUUAAAAUAUAGGAUGAGACAGAGAAAGCAUUCUGUGACGCAGUGUGUGUGUGUGUGCGCGCAUGCGUGUGUAUUUCUCAUCUGUGUUUCAGAAACCCAUCUCCCCGUCUCUGCAUCCUGCCAAAACCAAAAGGAACUCUGCUCUCAUUGAGAAACUGCAGGUGAGCAUGGUGUGUGUGUGUGUGUGUGUGUGUGUGUAUGUACGUGCUUGUCUGCAUCUGUGUGUGCUUGUUGAUUUGGAGAGGGCAAUGCUCUUGCUGUACCAUACAGUUAUGUGAAGAGUAGUCAAGGCUGCCCCCUGGUGUAUGUAAGUGAGCAGUGCAGGUGCAUGCAGAGACAGAGGGAAGAGAAGGGAAGGGAGAUCAGGCAGAGAGGAUCAGGUACAGUACGGUCUCACAGGUUGAUAAUAAGAGAGAGCAGCCAUUUCCUGACUGAGUCUCUCACACCUCAACAUCCAGUCAGUGUCACUGAGGACAGCCCACAAAAAAUGGCUGCAAGCUCUCUGAAUCUUAGGUACGUCUUAGUGUGUAAUAACAUUACAAUAACUCUCUCUCUCUCCCUGUCUUUCUCUCUCUCUCUUUCUUCCUUGCUCUCUCUACUUCCUCUCGCUCUCUGUCCGUCCGUCCCUCUCUCUCUCCCUCUCUCCCCACCCUCUCUCUCUCUCUCCAGGCUAACCUGGCGUUAUCCCCCUCUUCCCUCCUGCCCUCUCCUAAGAGCCCUGGGCUGAGACUGUUGCCACCCCCCUUCACCCCCAUCUCCCCAUGCUCCACCACCCCUCCUGUUACUACAGUAACCCCCACCUCCCCAGUCAGCAGGGCGCCCCUCCCUCGGUCGCUGAGCGAGGAAGAGACGCCUACCACCUUUGAGAACCCAGCCACACCCACUGAAGGAGCCCUACUGCCCAGCAUCAACAAGGUCUGCUCAGUGUGUGUCUGUGUUUGGUUGUACUAUCCUUGUGGGGAUCAGAAGUCCUCACAAGGAUAGUAAAACAAGGAAAAUUUGGACACGUGGGAACAUUUUAGGGCGGCAGGUAGCCUAGCGGUUAGAGUGUUGGGCCACCAACUGAAAGGUUGCUGGUUCGAAUACCUGAGCAGACAAGGUGAAAGACAAUGGCUGACCCUGUAAAAUUUCACUGCACCUAUCCUGUGUAUGUGACAAUAAAACACACACACACAUACGGUACCAGUCAAAAGUUUGGACACACCUACUCAUUCAAGGGUUUUUCUUUAUUUGUACUAUUUUCUACAUUGUAGAAUAAUAGUGAUGACGUCAAAACUAUGAAAUAACACAUAUGGAAUCAUUUAGUAACGAAAAAAGUGUUAAACAAAUCAAAAUAUAUUUUAUAUUUGAGAUUCUUCAAAGUAGCCACCCUUUCCCUUUAUGACAGCUUUGCACACUCUUGGCAUUCUCUCAACCAGCUUCAUGAGGUAGUCACCUGGAAUGCUUUUCCAACAGUCAUCAAGGAGUUCCCACAUAUGCUGAGCACUUGUUGGCUGCUUUUCCUUCACGCUGCCGUCCAACUCAUCCCAAACCAUCUCAAUUGGGUUGAGGUCAGGUGAUUGUGGAGGCCAGGUCAUCUGAUGCAGCACUCCAUCACUCUCCUUCUUGGUCAAAUAGCCCUUACACAGCCUGUAGGUGUGUUUUGGGUCAUUGUCCUGUUGAAAAACAAAUGAUAGUCCCACUAAGCACAAACCAGAUGUGAUGGCAUAUUGCUGCAGAAUGCUGUGGUAGCCAUGCUGGUUAAGUGUGCCUUGAAUACUAAAUAAAUCACUGACAGUAUCAGCAGCAAAGCACCACUACACCAUCACACCUCCUCCUCUGUGCUUCACGGUGGGAACCACACAUGCGGAGAUCAUCCGUUCACCUACUCUGCGUCUCACAAAGACACGGCGGUUGGAACCAAAAAUCUCACAAUUGGACUCAUCAGACCAAAGGACAGAUUUCUACCGGUCUAAUGUCCAUUGCUCGUGUUUCUUGGCCCAAGCAAGUCUCUUCUUCUUAUUGGUGUCCUUUAGUAGUGGUUUCUUUGCAGCAAUUCGACCAUGAAGGCCUGAUUCACGCAAAAACCUCUGAACAGUUGAUGUUGAGAUGUGUCUGCUACUUGAACUCUGUGAAGCAUUUAUUUGGGCUGCAAACUGAGGUGCAGUUAAUUGCCGAUUUCUGAGGCUGGUAACUCUAAUGAACUUAUCCUCUGCAGCAGAGGUAGCUCUGGGUCUUCCUUUCCUGUGGCGGUCCUCAUGAGAGCCAGUUUCGUCAUAGCGCUUGAUGGUUUUUGCGACUGCUCUUGAAGAAACUUGAAAAGUUCUUGAAAUUUUCCGGAUUUACUGACCUUCAUGUAAUGAUGUACUGUCAUUUCUCUUUGCUUAUUUGAGCUGUUCUUGACAUAAUAUGGACUUGGUCUUUUACCAAAUAGUGUUAUCUUCUGUAUACCAACCCUACCUUGUCACAACACAACUGAUUGGUUCAAACGCAUUAAGAAGGAAAGAAAUUCCACAACUAACGUUUAACAAGGCACACCUGUUAAUUGAAAUGCAUUCCAGGUGACUACCUCAUGAAGCUGGUUGAGAGAAUGCCAACAGCGUGCAAAGCUGUCAUCAAGGCAAAGGGAUGGUUACUUUCAAGAAUCUCAAAUAUAAAAUAUAUUUUGAUUUGUUUAACACUUUUUUGGUUACUACAUGAUUCCAUAUGUUUUAUUUCAUAGUUUUGAUGUCUUCACUAUUAUUCUACAAUGUAGAAAAUAGUACAAAUAAAGAAAAAGCCUGGAAUGAGUAGGUGUGUCCAAACCUUUUACUGGUACUGUAUGUGUAUUCCCAGUCAUGUGAAAUCCAUAGAUAAUGGCGUAUUGACUGAUUUCCUUAUAUGAACUGUAACUCAGUAAAAUCUUUGAAAUUAUUGCAUGUUGCAUUUAUAUUUUUGUUCUGUGUAUAUAUACAGUGUAUGCAACCAAAUGCUUCCUGUUGUUGUUGAUCAGUCUCUCACAUCACUGUCGGGGAAUUGUGGCCCACUUCUGCAUGCAGAACUGGCCAAAACCAAAUACUGCAUUCCACAUUAAGAAGCUCAUACCAAUGGUCAAGCAUGGUGAUGGUAGUGUAAUGGUUUGGGGAUGCUUUGCUGCCUCAGGACCUGGAUGACUUGCCUUAAUAGAAGGAACCAUGAAUUCUGCCCUGUAUCAGAGAAUUCUACAGAAGAAUGCCAGGCCAUCCGUCUGUGAGCUGAAGCUGAAGCACAGCAAGACAAUGAUCCAAAACACACAAUCAAGGCUACAUGAUAAUGGCUGGUCAAAGUCCAGACCUAAUCCCAAUUGAGAUGGUGUGGUAGGACUUGAAAGGAGCAGUUCAUGCUUGAAAACCCACAAAUGUGGCUGAGUUAAAACAGUUCUGCAUGCAAGAUUGGGCCAACAUUCCUCCUCAGUGAUAUGAAAGACUGAUCAACAACUACAGGAAGCGUCUGGUUGGAGUCAUUACAUUUACGUCAUUUAGCAGACGCUCUCAUCCAGAGCGACUUACAGUUACUGAGUGCAUACAUUUUCAUACUGGCCCCCCGUGGGAAUCGAACCCACAACCCUGGCGUUGCAAGCGCCAUGCUCUACCAACUGAGCUACACGGGGCCCAGUCAUUGCAGCUAAAGGUGGCACAACCAGUUAUUGAGUGUAAAGGGGCAAUUACUUUUUCGCAGAGAGGGAUUGGGUGUUGCAUAACUUUGUUUAUGAAAUAAAUUAAAUAAGUAUCUCAUUUUUGUGUUAUUUGUUCACUCAGGUUCCCUUUAUUAGGUUUUAGUUGAAGAUCUGAUAACAUUCAGUAUCAAAAAUAUGCAAAAGUAGAGAAAAUUAGAAAGGGGGCAAAUACUUUUUCACGGCACUGUGUAUAUAUAUAUAUAUAUUUACUUAUUUAGCCGGUCCCCACAAGGAAAAAGGCUAUUUUAGUCUUAGGGGUUAGGUUUAGGGUUACAAUUAGGGUUUAGGGUUAGGUUUAGGGGUUUGGGGUUAGGGUUAAGGGUUAGGGGUUAGGGAAAAUAGUAUUCUGAUUGGAAUCAAUUGUUUGGUCCCCUCAAGGUUCAUAAAACAAAUGUGUGUGUGUGUGUAAGUGCACGCAAGUGUGUGUGUGUGCGUGUGUGCCAGGGUGUGUGUGUGUUACCUUUAAGCCUGUGUGUUUGUCUGUAUGUGUAUUAUGUCAUAUCCUGUGUCAUAGCUGUUCUUAAUGGUCUGUGUCCCUGCCUCUCCAGGGAAGAGCCCGCCUCUCCAUCCGGCGACGCCCACCUUCGAGACGACACAGGAAGUCCAGCGGAGAGGAAGGAGGCGGGGCCACGGGCGAAGAGACGCCCCUAACUACACCUGACGACCCUGCGGCCAAAGUUGGAGAGGAGGAGAAGGGAGAGGGGGAGGAGGAGGUGUUUGAAAAGGAAGAGGAGGAGAAGGAGGGCGAAAGAGCAGACACCACUCUGUCUACCAAAGCAAAGACAGAGACAGGCUCCUCCACCCCUGCUAACUCACAGCAACAGAUUGCCACAACAGACAGCUCAACCACAGACACUGACCCACUUAAAAAGACAAAGUCAGAAAACACACUGGAGCCCCAGAGAGAGGAGAGACAGGAGAGACAGACUGGGGAGGAGAGACAGGAGGAGAGACAGACAGGAGAGGAGAGACAGACAGGAAAGGAUGUAACUAGAGGAGAGGAGGUGAAAGAUUGUGGUCAGGGGUGUGGAGGAGAAGAGGAGAAGGAGAAGGAGAGGGAGAGUUGUUCAGCAUUCAGUAAGGACCAGGAGGAGUCAUCUACAGAGAGAGAAAAAGAAGAGGGGGAAGAGCUGGCCUGCAAAGAGAAGGAGUGA